AUGGCCACGCCUGCCGCUACUACCCGCGCGCCUUCGCUGGAAGGAGAGGACCGUACUAGCCUAUCUCCCUCCUUGUCGCAUCGGGGAGACCUCGCCAAGUCCAACUCUCACUCUAGCAGCCACAGGAACGAGGAGAAGCCCAGUGUGUCGACCCCUACACCUUCCAACGACCAUGUCUAUCCAAGCGGCUUAACUUUCUGGCUCAUCUUCUCGUCAACCAUCGCGGCCGUGCUGCUAGUGGCUCUUGACCAGACCAUAUGCGCCACCGCAAUUCCUGAGGUCACGAAUCAGUUCAAGACGUUCUCCGACAUAGGAUGGUAUGGUUCUGCCUAUCUGCUCACUUCGACGUGCUUCCAGCCCUUGUUUGGUCGGCUGUAUGCUCGCUUUUCGAUCAAGUACGUCUUUCUGGCAGCCUUCACCAUCUUUGAGCUCGGCUCUCUGAUCUGUGGUGUAGCACAGGACUCGCCAACGUUCAUUGUGGGACGCGCGGUGGCUGGUCUCGGUAUGUCGGGUACUUACUCAGGCACAAUGAUCAUCGUGACACUCAUCUCGCCGGUUCAGAAGCGACCAGCACUGAUGAGCGUUGUCGGCGCAAUGUAUGGUCUCGGAGCGAGCAUUGGGCCGAUCGUUGGUGGAGCGUUUACGAGCGAGACAACGUGGAGAUGGUGCUUCUACAUCAACCUGUGCUUCUACCCUUUGGUGGGACUGGCGGUGCUGUUUCUGCUCUCCAUCCCGCCGAGACCGGUCCAGGAAGGCGAGGUCAAGCCGUCGGUACUCAAGCGACUCAUUACGAUUGACUGGCCAGGUGUAACGCUCUCAUUGACGUCGAUGAUCUGCCUGCUGCUGGCGUUGCAGUGGGGUGGGAUCAAGUACGCAUGGUCCGAUAGUAAAGUGAUUGGUCUCUUGGUCGGAUUCGUUCUGAUCGCUAUUGCGUUCAUCGUCGAACAGUGGUACUUGGGCGAUAACGCCAUCAUCCCGUUUCGACUCCACAAGCAGCGCACGGUUGGUUUCGGAAGCAUUGUCAACUUUUGCAUCGCGGCGUCCUACUUUGGCUUGCUCUACUUUAUCCCUCUGUACUUCCAAACCGUUCGUGGAUCAUCAGCGAUUCGAUCGGGCGUCCAAACGCUGCCGUUCAUCUUUGGCGUGAUCGCGUCCAACGCCAUCUCCGGUGGGCUGAUUACGAGGUUUGGCUAUUACAUUCCGAUCUUGAUCCUCGGUACUGCGCUCACCUCGCUCGGCUCUGGAUUGCUGUACCUUCUUCGACCGGACUCGACGCAGUCCAUGUGGGUGGGGCUGCAGUUCCUAGCGGGAAUCGGACCGGGUCUGUCGUUCAUGAUUCCCUUUUCUGCGGUAUCGGCACGGCUGGAAGCGGCCGACAUUGAGAUUGGCUCGGCCAUCGUCACCUUUUGGCAAACUCUGGGCGGUACUAUCUUUGUCAGCGUUUGCCAGUCGAUUUUCCAGAACGACUUUGUUCGGCAACUGAAAAGCAUUCCCAAUGCUCCAGUUGAGGAGAUUAUCAAUCAUGGCGUCAGCGCUUUUCGCGCCUUCACUCCACCGGAUGUGUUGGCCAAUGUCGAGCUCGCAGCUAAUCUCGCCGUCAACAAGACCUUCCUCUGCAGUGUCGCGCUAGGAGGAGCUGCGUUGGCAAGCGUGUUUGGCAUGGAGCUCAAUCGGAGAAUCCUGCCCAUCAAGCAGCAGCAGAAGCUCGACGAGCAAAAGCUCAGCCACACUUUCACUGCCAACGCCUGA